UUUAUGCCAGCAGAUGUUAUUUUUUAUUUGCUAGCAUUUAUUAGCAUUUAUUGUUAGCAUUUAUUGUGAAUCCUUUUACUGAUAGCAUGACACGUUUAGCUUGGGUUAUGAACGGAAUGUAGAGUGAGGGUGGAGCUAGAAAGGAAUCUUUUUUUUCUCUUUGUUUUAAGUUAGAACGCAUGAGAGGAAGUAUUGAGAAGAAGCCAGUGAUCACGUUACACUGUCCCUCUUAGCUUUGUUUGGAUUCUAUUUCAGUAGGUUGAUAUAUUGACAUAAACUUGACAAUGAUAAAUCAUUGUACUGGAUGUAGAGUUACCGUGGUUGUACUAUAUGCUACAUCAGUCUAUUUGAAUUAUGUGGUGGGUGUACAGGUGACCUCCACAGGGCCACAGACAAUCAAGAAACCACAGGGAGCAGAUAUUAUUUUGGGCUGUUCCUACAAUGAGAGCCCAUCUGACACUGGGCAGCUGGAUGUUGAGUGGUCCAUUGUUAGUCCAGACAUGACUCAGAAAGACAAAUUGAUCUUAUCUUACUCUGGAGGGAAAGAGUACAAACUUGGUGAUGCAGGCCUAAUGUCUCGACUAAAGUUUGUGAGUGACCCCAGCAAAGGUGAUGCUACUAUCAGCAUCUCUUCACUACUCAUCUCUGAUACAGCCACCUACCAGUGUAAAGUGAAAAAGCCUCCUGGUAUAGACUCACGGAAGAUCACAUUAGUGAUACUUGAGCACCCCUCUGUGCCAAAAUGUUGGGUACAAAAUGGUGAGGAGGUAGGAGGUACUGUCUCACUGUGGUGUAAAUCAUCUGAGGGUUCAAUUCCUCUAAUCUACAAGUGGACAAAAGAGGAUGGUGGGGCAUUGCCAGCCACAGCAUUUCAGAAUCCUCAGACUGGAGAGCUGCUGAUUUAUAACCAUUCACAGAGCUACACAGGCAACUAUGUGUGUGAGGUCAGCAAUGACGUAGGAAUGGAGCAGUGCAAAUACACAUUGAAAGCAUAUAAUGCAACCAAUCGGGCAGGAGUAAUUGCAGGGGCUGUGAUAGGGGCAUUGCUGCUUUUGCUCCUCCUCCUAUUGUUAAUAUGGCUUCUUGUAUGCUGCUACCAGAAGCAUCGCUAUGAAAAGGAAACUGCUAAUGAGAUCAAGGAGGAUGCUGCAGCACCAGAGAGUCAUCCUGGUAGCAGGUACUCUAGUUUUCGCUCCAUAAUGGGUUACCACCCCCAUCAAGGAGUCACCUACAGCUCAGUUAGGAACAGUAAGCCAAGAAGGGCUGAUUCUAACAGCAGAAGCUUCACUGUCAACCAGCAAAGCCCACAAAGAUAUAACAGCAGAUAUGGUUAUGCUGUUUAAACACAGUUUCCUUGCCAAGAACAGACCAAUAUACAGAACAUAUAAGGUGCAACUUGGAUUAAACUGCUAUGACUUUGUGGAUUUCCAUACAAUUGCUGUUUUUUCUAUUGUGUAUUGUGUACAGCUAUUUACAGAAGAAAGAGUCAACAGUGUAUUAAGCAUUAAUGGGUUAAAAACAGUUAACGUGUAUUUGUAAAAUGUUUCCCAGCUGGUUUGUGUUUUAAGUGAGACCAAAUACAGGGCUCAAAUCUGGACUCUGACCAGGCCAAAACAUGAACCUGAUAAACUUGUUCUUAAGUUAUUUCUUGGUAGUCUUUGCAGUGUGGGCAGAAGCAUUGUCUUGUUGUUAAGUGGUCAUCUUUAUACAGUGGCGGGAGUUUGUGAGGUUCACUGCCUCUGACUACUCCAAUUAUCCAAUCAAAGGACAGGAAAUUCUGGACGUAAUCAUAUGCCUGCUAGAGGGCCCCAGUGACGCCAACUCGAAAUCUGAUUGGUUAAUGUAACAAUUUCAUUGCCAAUUAUUUUAAGCUACGGGCACCUGCACUAUUGAUUCUGAAGGCCUUAAGGCAGAUUUCUUUCACCCUGGCAAUGAUGUCAGCCACUGGCUGAAAUAUGAUUGGAUAAAUAAUCUUAUCAUAAAUAUACACUACUGGAAGCAGCGCAACCAAGAGAAAAGCUAUGAAAUGUGAGAAUAGACUAUUGGGAAUAAUUUAAUACACAUUUAUGGAAAAAUAUAUUAAAUAUAUUAAAAUGCAAGUCAGUGAUUCAGAUCACUGCUGUUUAGGCCAGCAAAGAAGGUCUUGCUGGCCCUGAAGGCCCACCACUGUCUUUAUAUAAUGUGGCUGAUUAUCUGCCAACAGUCACACAUUAUUUUAAAAUGUUGAGCUACUAUGAAAGUGGAAUAGGGAAUUUUACCUGCCUUUAAGAUUAUGUAAAUAUCAGAUUAAUUACAGUAAGCCUGACCAGCCAGACAACCCCUGCAGAAAUGCAGCUUUUCAUGGAUCAAAUUUUAUGACUCCUUUACCAGAAUUGCAUAUACUUUUUGUUCUAUUUAUGAUUACUGACAGCAACACUAAUAUAAUGGAGCAGAGUAUUCACCCUUUUUCCAAAACUCUCCCUGCUCUGACACACAUGGUUCUAUUUAUGAGUUUGUUAUCAGGGCGUUGUGGGCUGCAUUUAGUGGGGCAGAUCACAAUAAAAUCAUCCCAAGGGUUAUUUUUGAAUUUUUUUUCCAAUUAGCAAGUGUUCAUCAUCUCCAAGUGAAUUUAAAGCAUUUUAUGUUUUUUUUUUUGUAUCUUCACUAAAUAUUGGUGACUUUUAUUGUAUUAUUAUUGCUAAAUUCUUAUAAAACACACUAAAAAUGUAAGAUGUUUAAUGGAAUCUCAUAUGAUUCAUAUUAAAAAUCUUGUACAAGC